GAUACUUCGUGUUGUGUGAGCUUCCGGCUUAUAGAUACAUCGUAUUGGAGCCAGUAGAAUUAAAAGACCAUCCAUUCCAUACAGUACACCUACCCGCUCGCACCUAGUAUAGGUAUACCUACCUGUGUACGUCAGCACCGGCCAGCUUCACCAACUCUCCUCAUUGCUGCGGUUAACUUCACCUACCUACCCGUAAUCAUGGCGUCGAACAACAUGAUCAACCCGGCCGUCAACCCGGACACCGAGGACGAGUUGUUCGCGCAAGAGGUCGAGGCCGUCAAGAAGUGGUGGAGCGAUCCCAGAUGGAGGUACACCCGGCGACCCUUCACUGCCGAGCAGAUUGUCUCUAAGAGAGGCAACCUUAAGAUCGAAUACCCAAGCAACGCCCAGGCGAAGAAGCUGUGGAACAUCUUAGAGAACCGCUUCCAGAAUCGCGAUGCUAGCUACACCUAUGGCUGUUUGGAACCGACCAUGGUCACGCAGAUGGCCAAGUAUCUGGAUACCGUCUACGUCUCCGGCUGGCAGUCUUCCUCGACCGCCUCGUCAUCUGACGAGCCCGGUCCAGAUCUGGCAGAUUACCCAUACACCACCGUCCCGAACAAGGUCAAGCACCUGUUCAUGGCGCAGCUCUUCCACGACCGCAAGCAGCGCCAGGAGCGGAUCAGCACGCCGCGGGCCGCGCGCGCGAAGCUGCCCAACAUCGACUACCUGCGGCCCAUCAUCGCGGACGCCGACACGGGCCACGGCGGCCUGACGGCGGUGAUGAAGCUGACGAAGCUGUUCGUCGAGCAGGGCGCGGCCGGGAUCCACAUCGAGGACCAGGCGCCGGGCACCAAGAAGUGCGGGCACAUGGCCGGCAAGGUGCUGGUGCCCAUCAGCGAGCACAUCAACCGGCUGGUCGCGAUCCGCGCGCAGGCCGACAUCAUGGGCGUCGACCUGCUCGCCAUCGCGCGCACCGACGCCGAGGCGGCGACGCUUAUCACCACCACCAUCGACCCGCGCGACCACCCCUUCAUCCUGGGCGCGACGACGCCGGGGCUGGCGCCGCUCGGCGAGCUGAUGGCGGCGGCGGAGCGCGAGGGCAAGACGGGCGCGGCGCUGCAGGCCGUCGAGGACGACUGGCUGCGGCGCGCGAACCUGCAGCGCUUCGACGACGCCGUGGUCGCGGCGAUCCGCGGCGGCCGCAGCACCCUGGUUAGCGGCGGUGCUAGCGCCGACGAUGUCGCCGCCCGCUACCUCGCGGCGGCCCGCGGCAAGAGCCUCGCCGAGGCCCGCGAGGCCGCGCGCGCCGUCGCUGGCGUCGCCGACGUCUUCUUCGACUGGGACGCCCCGCGCACCCGCGAGGGCUUCUACCGCCUGCGCGGCGGCUGCGACUGCGCCAUCGCCCGCGCCAUCGCCUACGCCCCCUACAGCGACGCCAUCUGGAUGGAGAGCAAGCUGCCCGACUACGCGCAGGCGCGCGAGUUCGCCGAGGGCGUGCACGCCGUGUGGCCCGAGAAGAAGCUCGCGUACAACCUGUCGCCGUCGUUCAACUGGAAGGCGGCGAUGCCGCGGGACGAGCAGGAGACGUACAUCCGGCGGCUGGCGCAGCUGGGGUACUGCUGGCAGUUCAUCACGCUGGCGGGGCUGCACACGACGGCGCUGGCGAGCGACCGGUUCGCGGCGGCGUACGCGCGCGAUGGCAUGCGCGCGUACGGCGAGCUCGUCCAGGAGCCCGAGAUGGCCGCCGGCGUCGACGUCGUCACCCACCAGCGCUGGAGCGGCGCCGCCUACGUCGACGAGCUCCAGAAGCUCGUCACCGGCGGCGUCAGCAGCGUCGCUGCCAUGGGCCAGGGCGUCACCGAGGACCAGUUCCACUAGGCGCGCGCGCACGCACGCGCACCACGAGGAGAGAAUGCGAGAGAGAGAGAGAGAGAGAGAGAGAGAGGAGGGGGGAGGGAGAGAGCGGGGAAAGAGGUGGUUGGUGAUAGGUUGGAGCAUGGUCUACGCAGAGUGAUGAGUACAAGAAUCGCACGCCCUACGGCCUUCCGCGCCGGGCACGUCUGGAUAGGUAUAUAA